CCAAUCCUUCAGUUUGGUUCUUGACCCAUGUCACUCAUCAAUUACAGCUCUCCCAGUCCCCGUAAGCCUCUGUUUGGAAUCUGGGAAAAUUAAGAGGGAAAAAACACACAAACAUGAGAUCGUCGGAGUUCAUGGACAAGCAAAUCACCGAAUUGUCUCGAUCUCAUUCCCAAGAUUUCUCCCUAUUCUCAAACCCUCACCACCAUCACCACCACAACGACGACGACGACGACGAUGACGACGAGCUCUCUCCGACCUUCCGUUUCCACCCUAUACGACCCUUCGCUUCGACUCAGUCACACGCCGAUGAUUCCGAGUCGUUGAUUUCCGUGAUCGAUAGGAAGAUGAAGGAGCUGGGUGAGAAUCUAAUGCACGCCGUGGAAGGAAUCAGCGCGCGCCUCACUCAGCUCGAGAAUCGAACGCGCCGCAUCGAGAAUUCCGUCGACGAUUUGAAGGACUCGAUUGAGUCUCGCCAUGGCAGUUCUGAUGGCAAGCUCAGAGAGCUCCAUAAUAUUCUCACACAGGUUCAAGGUGGUAUUCAAGAUUUAAAGGAUAAACAAGAGAUAGCAGAGGCUCAGCUGCAGCUUGCAAAGCUUCAAAUGUCGAAGGAUAACCAGCAAUCACAAAAUAAGAUCACAACUGGUCAAAGUAAUUCAGCUCAAGAACCAUUGUCAUCUGCCCCUCAGCAAAGCCACCAACCAGUUCCAAUUCCUGUUGCUUCUCCACAACAACUUCCUGCUCUCCCUUUUAAUGUUUUUCCAAACGUACCUCUUCAAAAUUCAUCACCAACAUCUCCAGCAACAGCUGCACAGAUACCUACCCAAUUAUCCCAGAACCCGAUCCCCUCUCUUCUUCAGCCUGAAUCUUACUAUUCAACACCUGUGCAUACUCAAGAAUCCACACAUCAGCAAUACCAUCUGCCUCCAAUGCAGCAACCACCUCCACCACCAUAUCAACAUUAUCACCCAGAACCUCAACUUCCUCCAAUCUCCCAGGUAUCACAGCCACCUCAACAGCACCCUUCUCUUGGCUUUGUUAAUCCCCAAGUCCACUGUCCAUCUAGCCAUCAUCCUGAAGAAAUACCAUACAUGCCAUCUCAAAGCUACCCGCCAAGCAAUCACAGGUCCCCUCAAGCACCUGGCAUUGCUUCCCCCUCCCAACAAUAUUAUUUGGGUUCUUCCCAGCAGAUGCAAGAUCAACCCUCCCGUGAUCCUAAUUUUGGGUUCCCAUCCAGUUCCAGGCAUUCACAACCACCUGGGCAUUCACAUUUUUAUGAGCAUUCUUAUAGUGGAUAUCCUUCCCAUUACAACAGUUCAACAAUGAAACCCUUGCAAAGUGGUGAAAGCAGCAACUCACGACUGCCAACUGCCCAGAUACUACCGCAUGCACUACCUAUCUCCUCUAGUGUGGAUGAUGGAUCCAGUUCUAGUGGGACUCGAGACAGCAUACCAACCGAUGAUGUUGUUGACAAGGUUGUAGUGAUGGGAUUCCGAAGGGACUUGGUGAGAGCAACAGUAAGGAAAUUGACAGAGACUGGGCAAUCAGUGGAUCUCAAUGUGGUGCUUGAUAGGAUGAUGAAUGAUGGGGAACUCGAGUCGCAUGGUAGUAGGUUUGGCAAAUAAUAUAUGGUGUUCCUGUAAUGGCUGGUUUGAUUUAUUUCUGUAAAUGAUGUUGUACUGUGUCUUGUGUCUUCAGUAUUAAUCUAGUUGUAGGUUUGGCAGAUAAUAUAUGGUGUUCUUGCAAUGGCUGGGUUGAUUUAUUUCUGUACAUGAUGCUGUAAAUGAUGUAGUACCAUGUCUUCUUAAUCGAUUAAUACUGUAUCUACAAUAUUGUUUCACUGACA